UUUAAUCUAAAUCGAACCAAACAAACAAAAAAAAAAAACGAACGAACGAACGAACUGAUCCAAUCAGAAAAAAUGGCUCCACGAAUGUCAUUUCCAAGGCUUGGAUUUCAUUGGCAAAACAAAGAACGUAUCUAUCUUCAAUUCAAGGUGGCCGUAUUUGGUAGUUCUCGUGUUGGAAAAACAUCAAUAGUACGUAGAAUUUUACCUACAUCAACAUUUGUUGAUGAACAUAUACCAACAGUGGAAGAAUUGCAUCAAGUUGAAUUCAAAACACGUAAUUCAGAUAUGACAAUUAUGUUGGAUUUACUUGAUACAUCGGGCACUUAUCCAUUUCCUGCAAUGCGUGAUCUAGCCAUACAAACAGCCGAUGCAUUCAUACUUGUUUAUGCAGUGGAUGAUCAAGAAUCAUUGGAUGAAAUUUGCCGCCUUAAAGAACAUAUUUUGAAGCUACGUGGACCAAAUAUUCCACCAUUAGUUGUGGUGGCCAAUAAAAUUGAUUUAACUGAAUCUCGUGUCAUCGAUGUUAAUCUUAUUGAUUCGAUCAUCAGUAUUGAUUGGGAAUUUGGUCAUGUUGAAUGUUCAGCGAAAAACGAUGAAAACGUUAAACGUAUUUUGAGCCAAUUAUUUCGUCAAAAAUUGAUUAAUGAAGCACGACGAAUGGAAAAAGAGAAAAAUGUGACCAAUGCUGCUACUACUAUGACCAACAACACCACCACCACCAACAACAACAACAACAACAGCACACAUACUUCAUCAUCGAUUGAUAAAGGAAGUGAAUCAGAUCCAGACAUUUCACCAUCACGAUCAUCAAUAUCGUCGGAAAAAUUAUUUUUCGGCGAUGAUUUCUAUGGAAGUUGUAAUAGCCUUAAUGAUUCAUCGAGAAAAAAUUCUCUUAGUGAUACAGAUGAAUUUGAAUAUAGACUACGAAAUGGAUUCAAAAAUAAUAACUGUACAAUUUCAUGA